CAUCUCGCUUCGGACCGUUCUUCCCCCCUUUGCCUCUUCUUAUAUAUCUCCGAAUCUGCUCCUCUCGCAUAUAAAAGACCGAUUUUGUUUGGAUCUUAGCAUACCCGCUCGAACUCAUCGGGCUCCGAUCUUACGUCGCCGGACAAUCCUGGAUUCUGCAGCUGCGCCGGUAUUUUUGAUGUUGAUUUGGGUGAUAUAGUGAGAUCUUGUUCCCCUUUCUUUCCUGUCCUUGUUCAUCUUAUGCUCUACGGUCAUCUCUCGGCGAACAAACGCAAAGUUGAUCGGUCGUGAUUUCGCAUCUACGUUUGUAGCUAAAUAUAUUCACUCCUGUGUGUUCGCGGGGAAAAAAAAUUGUGACAUCCUGCAUAUCGGAGCGAACAAGGUCACUUUGUUCGAGUGGUAUAUAAAAAGGCGUUUGUAAGUGCUUGGUUCGGGUUGAGGAGAAGCGAAAACAUAUACUGGAGAAAAAGGAGGGAAGUGGCUCAUGGCUGAACAGAUCCUAGAGGGAAGUCAACCUGUUGAUCUCUCCAAACACCCUUCUGGAAUUGUUCCGACGCUUCAGAACAUUGUUUCAACAGUUAAUUUGGACUGCAAAUUGGAUCUUAAAGCGAUUGCUUUACAAGCUCGUAAUGCUGAGUAUAAUCCUAAGCGUUUUGCUGCAGUUAUUAUGCGAAUAAGAGAGCCGAAAACUACUGCAUUGAUAUUUGCAUCAGGAAAGAUGGUAUGCACUGGAGCCAAAAGUGAGCAUCAGUCAAAACUUGCAGCAAGAAAGUAUGCACGAAUAAUUCAAAAACUUGGUUUUCCAGCUAAGUUUAAGGAUUUCAAGAUCCAAAAUAUUGUGGGCUCGUGUGAUGCCAAAUUCCCUAUCAGGCUAGAAGGCCUUUCAUACUCCCAUGGUGCCUUUUGCAGCUAUGAACCAGAGCUCUUCCCUGGUCUGAUCUACCGGAUGAAGCAACCGAAGAUUGUGCUUCUGAUAUUUGUAUCUGGGAAAAUUGUUAUUACCGGGGCUAAGGUGAGAGAUGAGACAUACACAGCUUUUGAAAACAUAUAUCCAGUUCUAACAGAGUUCCGGAAGAACCAGCAAUGAUCCUCCUCUCCAGUUGGAGUUAAUGAUAAGGAGUAUGUUGAAGUCCAGACCUUUGGGGCCUGCUUUUCGUGAUUAUGGCUUGCAUGUUCCUCUCUUUCGAGUUGUGAGAAUGAGCAGCUUGUUCCAGCUCUUUUCAUGUCCUACCAUAAACCAUGUAUAUCCUUUUUUCUUGACAGGGUGCCUGUUCUAAUUAUUAUUCCAAGUUAUUUUCUUAUUAAAGUUGUUCAAAUAUAUUUUUAUCUUUAAGAUAUAAAAUUGUACAUAUUUUUUAAUUAUUAAAUUCUUAAUUAAGUCGUA